GUGGUGAUCGCGCAGCACGAGUGCCCCAGCGCGAUGCGCGCCCACGUCCUGGAGGUGCCCCCGGGCCGCGACGUCCUCUCGUGCGUCUCCGCGUUCGCGCGGCGCGGGCGGCGGGGCGCGCUGGUGCUGGGCGCGGCCGGCCGCGUCGCCGACGUCGUGCUCCGGGACCCCGCCGCGCUGGUGCUCCGCGGCACCACGGAGAUACUUGGCCUGGCCGGCUGCUUCUUCCCUUUCCCCAGCCCCGGCUCGGCGGGGACGGCGGUGUUCCUGGCAGGGCCGCGGGGGACCGUGCUGGGCGGCGCCGUCGCGCCGGGGGGGCUGGUGGCCGCCGGGCCGGUGGUAGUCGUGGUGGCCACGUUUGUCGCGGCGGCGCUGGACAGGCUGCCGCUGCUCAAGGGGGAGGAGCCCGUGCAUGGACACCGCGGCUGGCCGGUGUGCCCAAAGCAGCAGCAGCAGCUGGGCCUGGGCGCCAAUAAGAUCUUGCCGAGCGCCACGCCGAGGGAAAUCAAUUAA